AGCUCGCAGGGCUGGCUCUCAGCGGCUUGUGCUCCCGCUCCAGGGGCAAGGCAGAGAUGGCGACUGCAGCUUGGUUACUGGGUCGGCGCGUGGCGAGCUGGAGGACGCGACUGCCGCUGCAUUCGCUUGCUGGCCGGAUUACCCAGCGGGCCAACUCGCUGUUGCCCGUGGACGAUGCAAUCAAUGGGCUAAACGAGGAGCAGAAGCAGCUUCGUCAGACCAUGGCUAAGUUCCUUCAGGAGCAUCUAGCCCCCCAAGCCCAGGAGAUCGACCAAAGUAAUGAGUUCAAGAACCUGCGAGAGUUUUGGAAGCAGCUGGGGAACCUGGGAGUUUUGGGCAUCACAGCCCCUGUUCAGUAUGGUGGUUCUGGUCUGGGCUUCCUGGAACACGUGCUGGUGAUGGAGGAGAUAUCCCGAGUGUCUGGAGCAGUGGGGCUCAGUUAUGGAGCCCACUCCAACCUCUGUAUCAACCAAAUUGUGCGGAAUGGAAACGAGACCCAGAAGGAGAAGUACCUCCCCAAGCUGAUAAGUGGUGAAUACAUCGGAGCCCUGGCCAUGAGUGAGCCCAAUGCUGGCUCUGAUGUUGUCUCCAUGAAGCUGAAAGCAGAUAAGAAAGGAGAUCACUAUGUCCUGAAUGGCAACAAGUUCUGGAUCACCAAUGGUCCUGAUGCAGAUGUCCUUGUUGUCUACGCCAAGACUGAUGUGACUGUUGUGCCAGCUUCUCGGGGCAUCACAGCCUUCGUUGUGGAGAAGGGGAUGCCGGGCUUCAGCACCUCCAAGAAGCUGGACAAGCUAGGGAUGAGGGGCUCCAACACCUGUGAGCUGGUCUUCGAAGACUGCAAGGUUCCUGCUGCCAACAUCCUGGGCCACCUAGGUAAGGGCGUCUACGUGCUGAUGAGUGGGCUGGACCUGGAGCGGCUGGUGCUGGCCGGUGGGCCCCUUGGGAUCAUGCAGGCCGUCCUCGACCACACUAUUCCCUACCUGCACAUGAGGGAGGCCUUUGGCCAGAAGAUCGGCCACUUCCAGUUGAUGCAGGGGAAGAUGGCAGAUAUGUACACCCGCCUCAUGGCUUGUCGUCAGUACGUCUACAAUGUUGCCAAGGCCUGUGAUGAGGGCCACUGCACUGCCAAGGUGAGGGCCGGCCCCAGGGGAUGGCACACACCAGGGCAGGGGCGGAGUUGGGUCCCCUCCGCGCGGUCCUGGCUGACCCUGCUACCCCGGAGCCUCCGCCCACAGGACUGUGCGGGGGUGAUUCUUUACUCGGCUGAGUGUGCCACACAGGUAGCCCUGGACGGCAUCCAGUGUUUGGGUGGCAAUGGCUACAUCAACGACUUUCCCAUGGGCCGCUUUCUGAGAGAUGCCAAGCUGUAUGAGAUCGGGGCUGGGACCAGCGAAGUGAGGCGGCUUGUCAUCGGCAGAGCUUUCAAUGCAGACUUCCACUAACCCCGAGACCUUUCACCCCGCUUCCCAGCACCUUGAGGCCUUUCUCUGGAAUGACAGCUGCCGCAGCUCUCCUCCCAGCAGGCCCCACCCACCGGCCCAGGAGAAGUGUGCAAUGACUUAACAUGGACACCUCAGGAAACAGGCUGGCUUCUCCGGGGCUUUAGUGACUGUGCCCUUGCUCUCUGACUUCCGAGCCUGGUGCUCCCCCUCCCAGGAGGAGCACCUUUUCCUCAGAUGAGCCUGUGCCAGGGAACCCUCUGCUCAAGUACACCAGAAGUAUUACCAAGUUCAUUAAUUUGAACUUGGUAGUCUCUUUUCUUUAUGGGGAAAAAUACCCACAAAACCUAGCCUUUGUUUCUGCCAGUUUCUAUGGGGCAUUAGCUUUCAGCAGUGUGUGAGUGGGCACUCCCACUGCAGCCUCCUCGGUCCCUCAUUUUUUAGAGCUGGAAUUCCACCACUCUGGGGCAGAGCUCUAGGAACAGGCAUUGCAGAACACCUGUGCCACCCAGAGUCCACACUGGGCAGAGGUCCGCAUGCUUGUGAAGGCCGGGCUCGAUGCCUCCAGCACUACCCUGCCAGUGCCACUGUCCAUUCCUGGCCAUGUGACAGCCCCCAGCUGACUGGGCAGCAGGCCUGGGUUGGCUGGCUCGACUCCAGCCGAGGCUGCCUGCGCACAUUUCUCUGGACACCCUAUGGCUAAUUUUGUUUCCAGUCCACAGUGGCGGCUGCCAUUUUGUAUUAAACAUAUCAUGAAACAAACCCAUCUGCUUCUAAACUGGUGUGCUGGGGGAGAAGCAGUCUACUUGUCCCUGCCUUCUGUCUGGCUCCAGCCCUGUGUCCUUGGAGUGCGGCUGAUCCAGGCCCUGCUUCCAGCCUGCUCACUGCUGAUGGGAAACGCAGGGGUGGAGUCAACCCACAGGAGAGAGGAGUACUCAGUCCCCCUUUUCCAGAUCUUGCAGUGAUUUUUAAAGAAAGGAGGGAGCCCAGAGUGGAAAGAGUCUUGGAGCCAGAGGAAACUUAUAAAUUGCUGGAAACCAUCCCCAUGUGUUUUUGUUUUUUUUUUUUAAGAUUAAGACAAUUUGGUUUUCCCCAAAUCAGAACUGGAGCUAGAAUCCAGAUCAGCAGAAAUAGGGGUUCUGAGAAUGCCAGCCUGGAGCCCCAGUGCAUGGCCGCUUGGAUGGAGCACAGUCAGGGUGUGACAGUUUUGGGUUGUCCCACCCCAUCUAAGGUCCCUAAAAGAGACCUGGUUUUCUUGGUCCGCAGCUCAGGAGCGCCUGUUCUGACUUUCGGUCCUGGCCUGUAGCCAAGAGCUGUUCCCAGCCUGAUGCUCAUGACAGGUGCUGUCAUCUCCUUGCCAACCCAGCCCAGUCCUGCGCGGAGGGGCUUGUGGCCCUGUCCCUUCACUUUCCCAUCCUGCUGCCUACUGUGUUGGAGAUGAAUGUGGCUAAAAUGGUGGUCUUGCUGGGCUUAAAAUGUAACUGGGGACUUCCCUGGCAACCCAACGGUUAAGACUCUGCGCUUUGCAAUGCAGUGGGUGCAGGUUUGAUCCCUGGUUGGGGAAUUAAGAUCCCACAUGGUGCAUGGUACAGGCAAAAAAUAAAUAAUAAUAAAUUUGUAAAAAUAAUAAAGUGUAGCUGGAAGCCCAAAGACAUCAGAAUGGGGUAUUUCAGCCAGUCAGUGAGGAUAAUGUAGCUCUGCCUCCAGCGUGGGGAGAGCAAUGAUUUUCCAGAUGCUAUAUGUGAAAUAAAAAUAUUUUAAAAUAAAGCCAAAAAA